AUUAAAUAUGUUCAACAAUUGUGUCUGCAAUUCAUUUAACUUCUGCUCCACCUCUUCCACUCUCUUCCUACCUUCCACCACCAUUCUACAGCUGCUUUCACGACUUUUCUUCAGAUCCUCCAACUCUUUCUCUUUCCGCUUUAUUUGUUCCAAAACUGAAGCGUCUUUCAUGUCAUGGUCCUUUAUUUCACCUUCCCGUUUUCGCUUCUCCCGUUGAAGUGUCUUCACUGCUUCUCGCACCUGCUCCACCAGCUUUGAAUAAUCCAGCGGACCGCUCGAUACUCUUCUAUUGUAUGUCCGCUUCUUAGGCUUCAUACUUACGGAUUUACCGCCCCCUACCGGCGUACGCGAUGUACUAGCCACAGGUACUGCUAUCCUUUCCGUUGCUACAUCUGCUACACAUGAUUUUUCUCCACCGACUGUCUUCGUCACCAACUCAUCGUUGUGGAAGAACUCUUCCAGCAUCGCUGACAGCUCCGAUUCGUCCAAGCUAAUCACUGACGCAUCUGCCGCAUCACACUGUCCUAAUUCAGCCAUUUCACUUAUUCUUUUCCUCUAUACAUGCCUCUUAAAUAUCUUCAAACCACCCCACCACCCUCACCUACUUUAUUUUCUCCCACUCCUUCAUAUUUUUUACAUUGUUAAAUCUACUUCGCACACGGUCUUCCUCAGUCUUUCUCGAGACACCUCUGUUACAUCUAACAGAUAUGAUUCGUUGUCCCGACUGCGAUACGUCCUUUACGCGAUCUGAUAAUUUAAAACGACAUCAGAAAGCUUCGUGUCGUAAACGAGUACAGUACCAUCCUAAUUCCUCGCUACCGAAUAAAAAACCGAAAUGUGCUACAUCUGCCACCUCUUCCGACCGCUGGUGUGAAACGUGUAAAAUAUAUGUUCCUCAAUCUUCGUACAACGGUCACCUGCGCACCCUACAGCAUAAACAAAAUUGUUGUUCACCUCUUGAGGAGGGAAUCGGUUUCCUUUCCUCUGCUUUCGCUAGCAGGAUUGCUUCGUUUCGUAUUACGUCUGCGAAAUACCUUCUAUCGUAUAACGACUUCUUCACCGAUGUUCUCGACAAAUGCGUGCGUGUUAUACGUAAUCAGAUCCACCUCCACGACACGCUUAAAAUAAAUCUCGAAGUUUUUGGACGUUACGUGCACGAAACCAAACAGUUGGUUGAAAUUAAGUCCUUCAAUACCAACAACAAAGUUGUGACUCGAUCCAUCGAUCUUCCCAAUCUUCUACAAAACUUCUUUGAGAUACUUGAGGCUAAAGCGUCAGAGUUUCAAGAACGAGAGUCAGGAUGGAUUUUAGAAAGGGUUCUUUUCCUUGAAAUCAACUUUAACAAGUACAAUCCGCUGAGAGCGUCUUCCUACAUUCCGUUACCGAAACAAAUUUUAUUCAAGAAAGCGGUUGUGAAUGUGCGAAACGACGAUCACGCCUGCUUCGCAUGGGCAAUUACGUCAGCUCUGUAUCCCGCACAAGCGAACCCGCAAAGAACUACUUCCUAUCCACAUUACUCCCGCACUUUGGACUACGACGGUAUCCAAUUUCCUAUGAAAUUAACUGACAUACCGAAAUUUGAAUCGAAGAACCACUGCUCUGUGAAUGUCUACGGGACUGAAUCCGUUUUGAAAGAUGGAAAGUGGACAUGGGAAAUCGUUGGCCCCCUUUACUACUCACCCAUCAAGCGACGGCUACACUUCAAUCUGCUCUUGCUCGAUGAUGAUCUAGGAAAUAAUCAUUACUGUUGGAUAAAGGACAUGUCCCGUUUACUUUCUCAACAACUUUCUAAAACUGGACAUCGCAAAUUCUUAUGUGACGGUUGCCUACAAUACUUCUCCACUUUACCUCACCUACAUCGUCAUCAGCAGCAUGACUGUAAUCAUGUCUACACCAGCCUUCCCAACGGUGAUUUCAAGAUGGAUAAGAUGGGUAGGUUUGUCCCCAAUCACAUUUUAAAAUUUGAAAAUUAUCAGAAACGUAUCAAAGUACCAUUUGUUGUAUACGCAGACUUUGAAACCGUACUGCGACCAAUUCACACAUGUUUUCAUGACCCUAAUAAGACUGCCACCACAUCCACCCACAAACAUCAACCUCAUUCCUUUGCUUAUUUGAUGAAGUGCUCCUUCGAUGAUUCCCUCUCGAAAUUCAGAUCGUAUCGAGGUCCCGAUUGUGCCAAUCAAUUCGUUACAACUCUCGAUCGAGAUGUUUAUGAUAUUUAUCAUCGAUAUUUGAAGAUCGUUUCUCCCAUGAUACCCCUGACAGAUGAAGAAAUACGUCUCUUCUCUGACGCUACCUCUUGCAAUAUUUGUGAAGAACCCUUUCUGGACGAUGACGUCAAGGUGCAUGAUCAUUGUCAUUUGACCGGUAAAGUUCGAUUAGGAGCUGCUCACUCCAGAUGUAAUUUAAAUUACAAACUACCCAACUUUGUACCUGUUUUUUUCCACAACCUCUCCGGAUAUGAUUGCCACUUGUUUCUAAAGGAAAUGGCUGUGAACGAUGUUAAAUUUACCGUAAUAGCUCAAAAUAAAGAAAAAUACAUAUCCUUUUCCAAAUUAUUACGAGUUGAUACGGUUCAAACUGAAACAGACGACUCAACACAAAAUGUGUUCGUGAAGAUUAGAUUUCUCGAUUCCUAUCGUUUCAUGGCUUCCUCCCUCGACAAGCUGUCGGAUGAACUUGAUGCUCAUCAAUGUUUGCAAGUGAAAAAAUACUUUCCCGAUCCUAAUCACUUUCAACUUAUGCGACGAAAAGGUGUUUUCCCUUAUUCCUACGUUGAUGAUGUUGCUAAGCUUGAUGAAACAACAUUUCCACAGAAAGACGAUUUCUUCGAUAAAUUGACUUCCCUCCCCGUUUCCGAUGACGAUUACAAAAGAGCUAAAACUGUUUGGAAUACUUUUUCAUGUUCAACUCUAGGAGAAUACUCCGAUAUCUACUUGAAAACAGAUGUUCUUUUGCUAGCUGAUGUUUUCGAGAAUUUCCGACAAAUAUGUCUCACCACUUACGACUUAGAUCCUGCUCAGUAUUACACAGCGCCAGGGCUUGCGUGGGAUAGUAUGUUAAAAUUCACUCGCGUUAGUUUACAACUUCUGACUGAUAUCGAUAUGUUAAAAUUUUUUCAAAAAGGGGUACGUGGAGGAAUAAGUCAAUGCGUUCAAAGAAUGCACUUCGCUAACAACCCUCACAUCCCCGAUUACAACGCGUCCGCGCCUACCUCCUACAUUAUGUAUUUGGAUGCUACUAAUUUGUAUGGACAUAGUAUGAGUCAAGCACUUCCUAUUUCCCACUUCCGUUGGCUAACCCAAGCCGAAAUUGAUGAAUUGAAUGUUCUCUCUUUACAUGCUUCUUCUGAAUACGGUUACGUACUUGAAGUAGAUGUUGAAUAUCCCCAACACCUCCAUGAUUUACAUGCUGAUCUCCCCUUUUUAGUUGAAAACAUUAUCUCUCCUGCUAAUGUGAAUGGUAAAGUCAAAAAACUGAUACCGAACCUUAUGAAUAAGACAAAAUAUGUUCUUCAUUAUCUUACGCUUCAACAAGCCCUUCAUAAUGGACUACGAUUACUUAAAGUUCACAGAGUUAUUCAGUUUAAACAGUCCCACUGGCUUAAACCUUUCAUCGAUUUAAAUACCCGACAACGUAAUUUGUCUGAAAAUAAAUUUGGGAAAUCCUUCUUCAAAUUAAUGAACAAUAGUGUUUUCGGAAAAACAAUGGAGAACGUUGAUAAACGAGUUGAUGUAAAAUUAGUCACUCAUUGGCAAAAUUCUGGACGCUUUCUUGGUGCGGAAAGUUUAAUAGCUAAACCUAAUUUCAAAAAUUCUAAGAUAUUCACUCCCAAUUUCGUAGCCAUUCAGAUGAAUAAAUUACGUAUUAUUUACGAUAAACCUCUCUACGUUGGUUUUACUAUCUUAGAUUUAUCAAAAGUUGUUAUGUACGACUUCUACUACACCUUUCUUAAACGAAAAUAUCAACACAACAUUUCCUUGAUGUACAUGGAUACCGAUUCCUUCAUUUUGAAAGUGUUCACUGAAAACUUUUACCGAGACAUUACUGAAAAUAUUAAUCACUUCGAUACUUCCAAUUAUCCGCGCGAGAAUAGUUUCAAUAUCCCCAUUACCUCAUCUGUUAUCGGUAAAUUCAAAGAUGAGUUCCCUAAUAAUCCUAUUAAGGCAUUUUAUGGAACCGGAGCUAAAGCUUACUGUGUUGAAGCGAUUGAUCAAAUUGUUAAAAAAGCUAAAGGUGUUAAGAAAAACGUUAUUAAAUUACAUCUCGAAAUUGACGAUUACCUUCGUGUUAUUAGGGACGAUUCCACCAUUAUAAAAUGUAUGAAUGUUUUUGUUUCUGACCUUCAUACUAUGUUCACUCAAAUGAAAACUAAAGUAGCUCUUUGCCCUAAAGACGAUAAACGUUUCUUGAUUCCGAAAACAACUAAUACGCUUCCGUGGGGACAUUACAAUAUAAAAAACUCUGAACAUUCUGUCUCAAAGUUGAACAGCAAAAUUGAUCAAUUAAUCCAAAAUUUUAAUCAACCGCACACAGACAAUUUAACGGUUGGGGAAUAUUUUAUUCAAAAACUUUUUGAAGCUUCUUCACUUCCAGAAGAAUCUAUUGAUAAUAUUUACGAAAACCUUACAUAACAAUAAGUGUAUAGGCUAUAUGUGUAUAUGUAAAUAAUGCUUCAAUAUUAUAUUUCAAACGUUUAUCAUUACUAUUGUUUCUAUACUCUCAUGUGCUUAAAUAAACGUUACAAUACAGCUUUGUUUUUAACUAACUUUAUAAAUUGAAUUAUCUCUCUGAACGUUGAAACAAAACACGGAAUGUUUCUGCUGUUACAAUUUAUUGAGUUAUUAACAUUAAUAAUGAGUAUAUUUUUUUAUAAUCUUCCAUAUUAGUUGAUGGCCAUUUGCCUGAGUCGGGACCGCUUUGCCAGCCUGGAGCCUUUUCCGUUCCUUCUCGUAAAAUGUUUUCUUCUAUCCAACUCACCACUGUCUGAUGACGACCGUUAAUGUUCGGACUUAAAGUAUAUGGAAGCCGGAACAAAUUUAUUAGCUUAAUACACUUUUCCAAAUAUUUCGGUUGCGCGUAGUAUGCUACAUCCAUUAUUAAAUCAUCUACACACUUUAGUAGUGUUCUAUACGUUUUCUUUACGUUAACGAUGGAGAAUCUUUUGUUCUUCACCAGAACCGAUCCGUUUGUCAACAUUUCCUUUAGAAAAUAUACAUCGUUUCGCGUGUAAUUACUAUUUGUUUCAUUUAAAAUGUCUUGGACAUCAUCACCGGUUAUCUCCACUUUUUCACCACAUGCUUUUAAAAAAUCACUUACGAAUGUAUCACACCGUCGUUUUAUUUCGAAUAUGAAAUACAAAAUAUCAAACGAUACCUCUUGCGACAUUGUUAACCACUUGAAUACCUCCUUUGGUACUUCAACACCCAACUUUGAACACACAACUUUCACUCGAUCUAAAUCAUCGGAUAGUAUUGCUCUUCGUAAAUUGAUAACGAGAGUUUGUCUUUCUGCUUGAUACAACUCGUAGGAUAAGGAAUCCAUUUUUUUAUAUAAAUUCUAUUUCUAAAUCGUCAGGCUCGCUCUCUUCGUUUACUAAAUAACCUGUUAUUACAAGUUUAUCGUAUCCACCUUUUAACUCAAAUUCUUGUACCACGUUCUCCAACUCUGACGCUACCAAAUGUUUUCUCUCAAACAAUAAACCGUCUUUGAAAAAUUGAACUUCAAUUACAUAACUCUCUACCAUUACUACGUCUUUAACUUUCAGUGCGGUAACUAACGAUCUCAACUGGCUACAUUCACCACGUUUAAUGUUAUUUAUAAUCACACUUUGGGGAGGGGGUAUAAAAAUU